UCUCCUGGAAGAGAAAAAAAAAAUCCCUUCCUUUCUGGAAUGAGACGGGGAAUCGGAGGCACAAAGAUUCAUGCUUCCUUUUUGGUGAAACCCUCCAGCCCAGCUUGAUGCUCCCGGGGAGGCGAUUUUACUUCAUCGUCACUUCACAAAAGAAUUCCAAAUUCACUGCGGCAGACACAGCAACGUAAAAAUGUUAAGUGCAUCCGAGCACGGGAGGGGACUAAAGCCUCCACACUCAACCAAAGGUUUGCAAUAAUAGGAUUCAUAAAAGAAAGGAAAAAAAAAAAAAGACAGAUGGGAUUAGAAAAUGUUGCAGUGAAGACUCUGGAAUGAGAUGAGAUCACAGCACCAGCCUGUCUGCCUGUCUUUUGUGGACCUGCACAAUGCUCCCCGAGCCAGACUGAAUCAGGAAACCUCUCGGCUAGGGGUUCAGAGAGAGGCCCCCAGUUCCCAGGCACUUCAGAGAGAGAAGGUAGAAACGAUGCACCAGAUCUACAGCUGCAGUGACGAAAAUAUAGAAGUUUUCACCACCGUGAUUCCUUCCAAGGUGUCCAGUCCAGCCAGAAGAAGAGUCAAAAGCUCUCAACACCUCUUGACCAAGAAUGUGGUGAUCGAGUCGGACCUCUACCCUCACCGGCCCCUGGAGCUGCCCUCACAUCACGGCGACCGGCUCCACUCACUCGGCCGGGAUGGCGAGGGCCGCAGGUUUGGCCGGCUCCCGAAUGGACGGCUGCAAGGACCCCAUCUGGCCAAAACCCCUGCCAGACCUGGGGGGAUUUCCGAGCCCAAAUCAUCAAAUCUGUGCGGGAAUCGAGCAUAUGGAAAAUCUUUGAUUCCUCCAGUCCCCCGGAUUUCGGUGAAAGCCCCAGCGGUCGCGGAAGGGACAGCCACGGGCUCUGAGAAUGGGGCUGUUCAGACAAAGGGAUCCAGACAUCUCAAGAAGAUGGCGGAAGAGUAUCCAACCCUUCCCCAAGGAGCGGAAGCCUCCCUACCCCUGACAGGAAGUGCUUCCUGUGGUGUCCCCAGCAUCCUCCGGAAAAUGUGGAUGAGGCACAAGAAGAAGUCUGAAUAUGUCGGAGCCACCAACAGUGCCUUUGAGGCCGACUAGAGAUGACCUUUCCCCGGGUGCCUGGUGAUGGCCGAGGUCCACUGGACAAGCAGAGGAAACUUCAGGAUUGCGACUGGGCCACUUCCACCUUUGCUAGUAGGAGCCAGUUGCCCAGGCUUAGGGUGCAGCAAAGGAACUUCCUUUGAAGGUAAAAUAAAAUGGUUCCUGCUUAAAAUUGCUGAAGCCACUGGUCUGAAAGUGCUUUGGAAGGUCAUAAAGUUUAUAUCCCUGUGUUUAAGCAAAACCACACCAAAAUUGAACUUUCCUAACCCACUUUAAAGAACUUAAGGAAGGAAGAAGGAGAUUCCUCUGUCUUCCUCAAGUUGUUCUAAUGUAAGUGAUUUCCAGCAUAAAUGUAAGAGCUUCAUGUUUGAGGCACUGUAGACACAGAGUUCUUAUUAUUCCUGCUAUUGCAUUUAUUUCACCUCAACGAUUUUUAAUGACAACAUGUGAAUAUUUACUUAUUAGUUCUAAUAUCCACCUGAUAGUGUGGAUAUUAAACUUAUUUUGAUGAUCAUUUGGCAUGAUUGCAUGAAUUCUCUAUUUCUUUUGUGUGCAGUUCUUCUAUAGAAAAACAUGAUUGAAACUUAAAUAUUGAAUGUUAUUGUUUUCUGAAGUAGCAUAGUCUAGAGGAAAUAACAUCUCGCUUCAGCUUAACGACUAACUUUUGAAAGUGCUUUCCCAUCCAUUAUCUCUUCAUAUCUUCCCCAAGUCCCUGUUGAAGCAAGCACAAUUAUUUCCAAUCUGCAUAUAGGGAAACUAAGGCACCAGGAGGUCAUGUGACUAGACACCAGGUCCUCUAGUUCAUCUCCAGCAGACUCCUUGCUUUUCUUAUUCUAGCAACUGAUUUGAGGAGGGUUUUGCAAACUGACAGGUGGGACCAUGGCUCUGGGGUCAACCUGCCUUUGAAGGGAAGAAUGUGAUAAACGUAGAGCACAUAAACGACUUGAAUGAAAUACAUCAUGUAUUAAUUUGAACCAGAAGAAAUUGUCAUUUUUGUAGGUGAAAACCAAUUGAAUAUCAAUUUCUUAUAGUUCAACCUACUAUAUAAGAUUACACUUUCAUUCUUUCAAUGGAAAUGUCAUCACUGAUUCCAUUGUCAAUUUCAGGAAUCUUAAAACAAUUAUAUAAUAAUAAUAGUAAUGAUGAUAAUAGCUACCAUUUAUUGAAUGCCUGCUAUGUGCCAGCCCUCAUCCUGGGCACUUUACAUACAUUACCCCAAUCUUUGUAACAACUCUGAGUUGGGUGGCCUUAUCCAUUUAGUAGAUACCAGUUCAAAAAGGUUAAAUGAUUAGUCUGAAGGUACCUCUCUCAUACAGGUGUCAGGCUUCAACAUCUGCGUUGUAGCUACUCCUUUAUACAAAAUUCAGAACAUAGAGGAGGACCAACGUAAGUAAAUCUCAUCUCAAAUGCUAAACUUAAUUGAUUUGUGGAGGCUGCCUGGAGCGCUGUGUUGAGAUGGAAUCUGAGAAAAGACUGGAGUGACCAAUCAGUAAUGCUUGCUCAGAGAGGGGAUUAGCAGCAUAUGCCAUGCAUAUUUGUCACCUCUGACCUAAACUCUGCCCCUGGAAGUCUUAUUUCCUAAUUCAGGAGUCCACAGUUCUUUCAAGUAAUCCAACCCACUUAAUGAUCUCAUGGUGCAGUUGACCUAAGACUGCUGGAAAGCACCAUGUCUUGGUUGAAAGAAGAGGAGAGCAUUACAGGUCUCUGACUCAGCGGUUCUUCAUAUGACAUCUACCCUGUGGCCACAUGUUGCUUUUUGCUAAGUUACCUGUUUCUUUUUCCCAGGUGAACAGUGGGGUGGAGGUGGGGGGUUGAGGAUAAGAGGCCUGGGCUUCUGGGCUUUCAUCUUGCUGACCUCUCAGUCAUUGUUCUAAACUCUGGACAACCAAUCCUUGCAUCCAAACAUGCUCUCAGAGACCUGAGUACCAAGUGUUCCUUCCAUGAGGAGCUAGUCCCAAUGGACUGUCCAAUAGCCUUACACAGUAUAGAUCUGAGGUUCUGGAACAAAGCUAGGGAACACAGGUGAUCUAUACUGAACAUAUCCGUCAAGUAUCCUAAGAUUAUUUAUUUUAACUUAUUUAAUUUAUAACUAAUGUCUAACAUGGCAGCUGGAGAUUUAUGUAGGAUGGAACUAACUUAUUUAUUUUUAAUUUAAAUAUUCCAUGGUGAAGUGUUUUGCCUUGUAUUUUUUGCUUGGUCAAUUCCAAUAAAGAUAAAGAAUGCUC